AUGGGCAACUACUGGAAAGUCGCUGGAUCUGAGUUGAACGAUCAACUCCACUUGAAAGAUCUUAAAGAGCAGUACAGCUCUGGAAAGCUUGCAGACGCCAGUGAGGUCGAGAAUGAGCUCUCGAAGGUGAAGUACCCUGAAUACCUCAACAAAAUCAAGUUGGAGGACGUUGCUGUUCAUGAACAUGUAAACCCAGACCAUGUCAAGAACGAUAAGGGUCAUUUGGGAGACCCUACUUUCAAGAACCUCUUCAAGGCUGGCCUGAAGAUUGAAAAGUUUGACUUGUCACCUAACUUGGGUACCGAAAUCGACGGCGUUCAGCUCAGUGAAUUGGACGAUGCUGGAAGAAACGACUUGGCCUUGUUCCUCGAGACCAGAGGUCUUGCCGUUUUCAGAAACCAGGAUUUCAGAGACAAGGGUCCUGCCUUUGCCAGAAGCUUCGGUCAGUACUUUGGCCCAUUGCACAUCCAUCCUGUGGCCUACUCUGCCAAAGACCAUCCUGAGUUGUUGGUGACCUUUAGAGGAGCAGGUGGACCUGAGAGAUGGGAACUGAACUUCCGCUUCAAAACCAACACCAACGCAUGGCACUCGGAUAUCAGUUUCGAGGAAUAUCCUUCUUCCUUCUCCUUCUUUGUCGCCUUGGAGGCUCCUCCAUCCGGUGGUGAUACAGUGUUCGUGGACUUGAGAGAGGCCUACAAGAGAUUGUCACCUCAAUUGCAGAAGUUCUUUGAAUCGUUGACGAUUAUUCACUCCAAUGAGGUUCUCCAGAAGGUAGCCGCUGUUAGAGGCCUGUUGAGCAGAGACAAGAAGGUCUUAUACACUGAACAUCCACUAGUGAGAAGCCACCCAGUUACUGGCGAAAAGAGUUUGUUUUUCUCCAGAGGGUUCAUCCACAAGAUCAAGGGCUUGAAGGAGUCUGAGUCUGCCUUCAUUUUGAACUUCUUGGAGGACCACUGCCUCAACAACCCUGAGAUCCAGGUCAGAGCCAACCACAGAGGAACAGAUGCCAGGACUGUGAUUGCGUGGGAUAACAGGUUUUUGGCCCACACUGCCGUGCUGGAUUUCCUCAAUCACGACACUCCUGCUCGUCACCAUUUCAGAAUCACUGUUCUUGGUGAGAAGCCGUACUUAGAGGACAAGAGGGUGGAGGACUCCGACUCUGACGGUGAGGACAGACAUCCAAGAGCCUACUAG